UAUGCAAAUAAAUAACUAUAUGUAUUUUUUUUUAACCAGAAACCCGUUGAGAGUCACAGAACUGAUUCCGUCUUCAGAUCAUUUUCUCCGUCGCAGAUGAGUACCGCUCUCGCGUUGUCGCCGGCAACCGUCGCCGCCGUUCUCCAUCCUUCUUCCUCUUACGACUCUCUCUCUUUCUCCGCCUCCACCGGACCGGUGGCGCUCAAGUCCUUUGCGUUCGCGCCCCCAUCACUUUCUGCUUCUCGUGGUAGAGGCAAAUGCUCGUCUGCGGUCUCGAGCUCGACGACAACUUCGAGGACGAAGAUUCUCUGCGGUGUGGCUGCGAAAUCGGCAGCGUCUGUGGAUGCAGACGCUGAUCCUUCGUCGUCGCCGUCAUCGGAAGCGGAGAUUGAGGCGGAGGAGAAGGCGAAGGUUGGUGCUAGGGUUAGGGUGAGUGUGCCGUUGAAGGUGUACCAUGUGGUUCGCGUGCCGGAGGUGGAUUUGACUGGAAUGGAAGGUGUGAUCAAGAACUACGUCGCUGUGUGGAAGGGGAAGCGAAUAUCCGCGAAUCUGCCGUACAAAGUGGAGUUCGUGAAGGAGAUCGAGGGACGUGGGCCUGUCAAAUUCGUAGCACAUCUCAAGGAAGACGAGUUCGAGUUCGUCGAUCAGUGAUUAACAAGGCAAUUUUACUUUUCUUCUGUCUCUCACUGAUAUAUCUGCGACCGCGAAUUCGUUUUUGUCAGCGACUGUACUUACUUUGUAUACCAUUAGUAUAAUACGUAUGUUCUAGCCAUUUUGAGCCUUAGGAUUCUGCCGUCA